AAGUUGAUCCUCGACGUCGACGAAUGCUUACUGUCUUCACGCGUCUUCGAUGUCGCCGCUCUCUCUUUCCGACCUUAUUCAGAAAAUUCACUGUACUUGCCUUUGAAAGCUCUGCAGACGACACUUGCGCCGCUGUAGUUACCUCUGACCGCCAGAUUCUUUCCAAUGUGGUCAUAAAGCAACACCACCUGAACGAAAAAUGGGGUGGAAUUCAUCCUGCGGCUGCAGUCAUGGAGCACCAGGCAAACAUGCCAGUCGCAGCCAAAAGGGCACUUGCAGAAGCGAAUGUGGAUAUGUCAGGCAUCGAUGGAAUUGCGUUUACCAGGGGUCCGGGUAUGGGAAUCUGCCUAAGCGUGGCUUGCAAUGCUGCAAAAACACUCGCAGCUGUGACAGGAAAACCUCUAGUUGGCGUUCAUCACAUGCAAGCGCACGCUCUGACGCCUCUUCUCACCUCUUGGCCUGACAUCCCGACAUUUCCCUUCCUCAGUCUCCUCAUAUCGGGUGGACAUACACUUCUUCUCCUAGCGAACUCGGUCGACUCAUUUCGAAUCCUUGCUACUACCCGAGACGAGAGCAUCGGGCGCACAUUUGACAAAGUCACGCGAGAGCUAGGGUUGGGCUGGGCAGGCCCGUCAUUGGAGAAGUUUUGUAACCAGGAUAUCGAGAGCAAGACUCCCGAAGACUUUAGCCCGUUCAGUAACGCCAUGCCUGGUGAAAUGGGAUUUUCAUAUUCCGGCUAUCAUUCCCAGGUCGAGCGCUUUGUUCACAGACGUGGCGGUGUUGGGAAUAUAGCCCUCGAGGAAAAGGUCGCUGUUGCCAGAGCUUUCCAAGAGGCCGUCGUCGACCACUUAGAGUCGAAGCUGAUGCUUGGUAUCAAGCAAUGCUUUCGCGAGGGUAUUCCUAUACAACAUGUCAUCAUCAGUGGCGGGGUUGCGAGUAACUCGUACCUACGGGCGAGAUUAACACAAAUGUUAAGCAACGCUCCCAUCAAUGGAAGACUUACCCUACAGUAUCCUCCGCCUUCUCUUUGCACAGAUAAUGCCGUAAUGGUUGCUUGGGCUUCUAUGCAUCGAUUCCUUGCUGGCGACCAUGAUGACUUUUCACUGAAUCCCGUCACUAAAUGGAGCAUAGAGGAGCUAAACACCAAGGACCCUCGGGCCACGUCCAUUUAGUGGUCAGCAAAAAGUAUUACAAGAUAUAUAAUUAUCCAGAUAUUGAGUACCAGCUCAUCAAUUGUUAGUAUUAAUUAGUCUGCAUUUUCCGAACUCUUCCACCUUUUCGUUAAACAGGCUUCCCCAAGCCAUGAUGGCUUAGUCGAAAAGGUCGUCUAUGGUGGCUUCACGACGACUAUCCUUUAUUAAAGUUCUCUUGGAACA